UCAUGGCUGUAUCAGUGUGGUUCUGAGCUCCAGACAUUUCACAAAUCUUCUUCCAGCUCCAACGGAUCCGUUUAAAUUCGUGCUGACUGAUACGCCAGUAAAGUGCUAACCUGAUACUCCCCAGAUAUAUCAGUAUCACGUAUGAGUCGCUGAGGUUUGGCAGCUUAUAUUAUAUUAGCAUUUGGCUAGCAGAAGCCAUCGCAAACAGUCGAUCGAGUACGAAGUUGUACAUAAAACCCUUCUAUGGGGAAUUAUACGAAAAUUUAUCCAACAAUUAGUCAUCUACGUUUGAAGCUGCUCAUCCUGUACAGUUUUUGCUUUCAUAGCUCUCUGCCCCAGCUCGUCCCCUUUCCGGACUCCGAUCUCAUAGCCGGAAACGACCUUCUGAUGGACAGCGCUGGAGACGAUUUGGAGUGGAGUCAGGCAAACUGGCAAUUGGUAAUUCCCUGGCUCCUGCAGCUCCAGCAGGUACGUCUCUGUGUGGCGGUCUCUAGAUUUAACCAGCAGCUGGUGUACGAAACACCCUGUGCGGGUCUGCUCGCCACAGGCCCGCUCAUGGCCAGCUGUGACAUCGGUCACAUUGAAGAUCUUAGUGUAACCAUGCGCGACGCCUUCGGAUCAAUGCUGUUCGACACCAUGCAGAAGUGUCGUCCUGGCCUGGAGCUCUUCGGUGUACGUUGCAGGCGUAGGGCAUGACGCGGCCCCCAGAAAUUCAUUUGAAAUGGGCACAGAUUUUAUUUAAUUAUAUGUGUUUAUGAAUAUAAAAAUGUAAUAGAAAUGAAAUGUGUGAGUUCUGUUGAAAGCAGUCUUUUAUCAACGUCAAUUAAUUGUUAAUUGUUCUAAUGUCAUCUGGCCAAGUGCAUUGCUAAUUCCCUUUUUUCAUCUUCUUAUGCAGCCCAGCUCUGCCUUGUCCCCUGUCAUUUCAAUGUGUCAAUAAAAAUCAGAAGGCAAAUGCCCCACCCUCGAGUCUCCCACUCCAGACACCACUGGAAUCUGGGUGAAGGACUGUCCAAGUCCGAGUCCGAGUCCAAGUCCGCUCCUAGCCUGAGCGCCGACUGCACUCUUCCGAGUGCAUUGAAUCUCUGACAAAUGACGAUUAUAAUUUGUGAAAUGCGCCCAUCUGGUUAUCCCCCAGAUCCUCGCUUUUCGCCAUUUUACGCCCCUUUCCUAGAUACGAACAUUACGUUCGACUUGUGGCCUAGUUGUAGUUUAUCUUCCUUUCUAUUUCUAGUUCUGCUUUCAGAUUCAGUUUAGUUCAUUGGAAUUGUUGUUGCAAUUAGUAGCAGAAGCAGCAGAGGGAGGUUUUUCAGAGCAUCAUCACUGAGAUGGAUGCUUGAAUGGGAAAAUUGCACACCGAGAGAGAAGUGGGGCCUGUUCUGGCUGUAUUGUAGCUCUUGGCAAUUACCGGCCAGUGUUUAAGAGUUCAUCUCCAACUGCCGACCGACCAGUUUUUCGAUUUUCUGUUCAUUCAGUACAUAUGUACAUACAUAUGUGUCUAUUGUGCUUAAUUUGCAAAACACCUAUUGACCAAUGAAAUUAGUGCCCACUCUCAGUUUCAAAAUUGAAAUUGCUCUAGAAAUUGAUUGAACAUUUCUACUUUUUGGAUCGAAAUUGUGGCCGUUAGUGCAUGCACAUUUAUGAAUAUGGAUAUGUGACAUAGGAAGAUACGAGUAGGGCGGUUGCCAUACAAAUUACUUUUAAUAAGCUAUAGAAUGGCCCAAGGCCCGAGUCGCCCACAUAUUUACUUAAGUUCAUUAACUGUUCUAACUAACUGCGACUGCAUCUGGCGAAUGUCCUCAAGAGUACUUACGGCUUCCCCUACACUUUUAAUCGGACAAUUGCACAUUACGAUCCCAUUUUCGCUUUUAUCUCCCGCUCCCGAGACUCUUACAGCAGGGCACGAAGUUAUGGGCAGCUCUUGAAGCAUCGAGGCAAAAAGCUAAAUGUAAAUUAAUGAAUUGUUUAAAGUGCUUAAAAUAUUUACGCUCAAAGCAAGUGUACGAACGAUGCCCCAUUCCCUGGCUCUACCUCCAGCGCGGAAUACAUGGACCGUGGGAGGCUGACCAAUGAAUAUGCAAACGAUAUUCCCAUCCAACCAGCCAUCAAGUGUGGGGGAAAAGAGAUAGCUUGGAAGGGCACAUUGGCUUCCGCAAAACUAUUGUAGUUAUAUGCUAUAAGCUUAAGCUUUUAAAAAUGACUCUGUCUGCAUAGG